AUCUGGUCUGUUUGUUUAGGAGGAGAGCACGUCAAAGUUCAAUUUUCGAUUCAAUUCACUGCUUGCGUCCAGUAGCAAAACACCAAACAGCACACGGCCAAGGCGCUUGCUUUUCCACGCUGCCCCUUCAAGAUGCAGUUGAUAGUGAGAGUGGUCUGGGUGGCCUGCUGCCUACUGCUCAGUCCAGCGCUGGCUGCCAUCAAAGACCUCACGUCGCACUUUAGUCCCUCCGACCCGCAGCCCAGAGGCUUCCAGGCAGGGGAUAUGGACCACGUCCCCUUGGAGUUCCACAAGGAAAACACCAUCACCAACGACCUGCUCUUUGACGGCUUCGACGACCAAGAUUACAUUGAUUUUGACAAGAUCCUGUUGACGGGCAGUGACGACUACACCGAAGGAGACGAGAUUGACGAGAUCGCCACCCCCGCCCCGGACAUCGACAUAUUCGCCGAACCGUCCGACCCCGAAAUCCGCCGCGCCAGACUCCUGCGCCUCUUCCACGGUCGUUCGCGCCUCCAACGCCUCAACGUAGCCAACGCCCUCUUCGGCUUCAACCUCUAUCGGAGUCUCCGCAACGACGUCAACCAGAGCGACAACAUUUUACUGGCGCCGGCCGGGAUCUCCAUCGCCAUGGGCAUGAUGGCUUUAGGAGGCGGAGCCGCCACGCAGGAACAGAUCUACAAAGUUCUGGGCUUCGCCGAGUUUGUCAACGCCAGCAGUCACUACGACAACAGCACGGUGCAUAAGCUCUUCAGGAAGUUGACUCACAGGCUCUUCCGGAGAAACUACGGCUACACGCUGCGCUCCGUCAACGACGUCUACGUCAAGAAGAACGUCUCGCUGAAAGAUGCUUUCCGCGCCCAGACCAAGGCUUAUUACUUUGCCGAGCCGCAGUCGGUGGACUUUGCCGACGCGGCCUUUUUGAACAAAGCCAACCGUCGAAUCCUAAAGCUCACCAAGGGAGUGAUCAAGGAGCCGCUCAAGAGCGUGGACCCCCAUAUGGUGCUUAUGCUGCUCAACUACUUGUACUUCAAAGGCACAUGGGAACAGAAAUUUCCCAAAGAGAUGACCCACUACCGCAACUUUCGAACCAGCGACAAGACCAGCGUUCGAGUGCCGAUGAUGACCAACAAGGGCAACUACCUGGCCGCCGCCGACCACCAACUUGAUUGCGACGUCCUACAGCUCCCCUACUCGGGCCACAUCAGCAUGCUCAUCGCUUUGCCCAGGAAGAUAACGGGGAUGAGGAACUUGGAGCAGGAGAUCUCGCCCACGGUGGUCAACAAGUGGCUCGAUAACAUGACAAACAGGACCCGCGAGGUGGUGAUUCCUCGCUUUAAACUGGAGCGGAACUACGACUUGAUCGUCAAUCUGAAGGAAAUGGGGCUCACCGACUUGUUCCAGGACGGGGCAGACUUUUCCGGAAUGACCUCGGAUAAAGUCGGCUUGAACAAGCUUAAGCACCAGGGAAGCAUCACCGUCAACGAGGAAGGAACCGAGGCGGCCGCUCUGACCCAGGUGGGCUUCAUGCCCCUCUCUUCUCAGAUCCGCUUCGUGGUGGACCACCCUUUCCUCUUCCUCAUCUACGAGCACCGUACAAACUGCGUUGUUUUCAUGGGCCGAGUGGUCAACCCGUCAAAUAACUAAGAAAGACGCACUUCAAAUUGUUCCAGCCAAUGCUAAUGCCGGAGGUGGGGGAGGGGGGGGGGCAUAUCAAUUGACACAUGUUUGUUGGUGUAAAACGAGGAGAAAUGAU